GUUUCCUGUAGGCGGGGUUAAAACACACACACACACACACACACACACAGACCGCGUGCGGUUAGAGAUAGAGAUAGAUUAAGUUGUUGUGUUCGUGAAGAACCCUGUAACAGAUCAGUAAUGGGUCUCUGUAACAGCACCGAAUACGAGCAGGAUGACUUACCAAUCCCCAGUAAUGAAACUGAUUCAUUGGAUUGCAAAAUCUUUGGAAAUCUCUUUAUGCCACUGAGUAUGUUGCCUUCUGUGUUUAUUCUACUCCUUCUGUCGUUUGUAGAGCGCAGGAAAGAGCUGUGUGAGUGUGAGAGGAGAAUUCCAUUUCUGAGAGGGAGGUUCAGCUUCGUGGUACCCGUGGACUUCACAGGAAAGAUGCAGAACCGAUGGUCUUAUGGUUUUGCCUUCGGAGCCGUGACACCGUUUAUGAUCAAACUGAUGAUAAUUACAACCAACACGCUGAAUUUUCCACCUUACUUAAGGGUAUUGGAGCUCGUGAUCACUGCCCUGAUGGUCAGCAUUGCCUGCAUGCCGUUAUUUGCCUGUCUGUCCACCCCACACCGGCUGAUUGGAGGCAUCCUGGGGCUGCUCUGUUCUACCUUCUGGUUGAUUGCACUGCUGUGGAAACUGAUCUUGUGUGGAAAACCUCUAUACAAUGAUCCUCGAAUAAAUUUGUUAAAUUGGGUGAGUGAAGGUGAAGUGAAGGUGAAGGUGAAGUUACACAACAUCCCACAGUUACUCUGCAUGGUGUUCCUGAUGUGUCGCUUUUGCUCUAUCAUCCAGAAGGGUAUGAAGAACCGCAUACGGAAUUACAUGCAGGAGGAGGUGGAGAAUCACGAGUACAAACAUGUACAGCGUUUACUGAGAAGACCCACUGAAUUGUCUGUGCAGAAGAGCUGGUUUCAGAGGAAAGUGUAUGAGUGGGAUCCGUAUUUUAAAUUCCCAAACAGGAUCAUCGCCACCGUCGUGCUCUGCUUCCUCAGUUUGUACAUGAUAAUAACAACAGAGCAGGUUUAUUAUUGGACUUGGACCGAAAAAAUAUAUAGUUUUUUUGACGAUUACAUUCAAGAGUCCACCCUUGAAAAACACCUAAACUAUUUCACAUACACCUGGUACCUCUCAGCAGCUUGUGCCACGGUCUUUUCCCUCGCUCACAUUAGCCAGUUGUUGGUGUAUUACAGGAAGCACAUCAAAUCACUGCGAGCUGGAGAAAAAAAAUACUUGCCGAAGAAGUACAGACUGAAUGCUGUGUAUGGUGUGAUGGGCUUUUUAAAGUAUCCUGGCUAUCAGAUCGCCUUCUCCAUGUGGGGUUAUGUGAUCGUGCACGUGGCCAUGUUAACCAUUGGCCUGAUGUUUGUUUACCUGGUUAUAUCACCGAUCGAGGAAGAAGGAUUUCUCAAAUGGCUGAAUUGUUUGGCCAUGAGUCUUGCGAAUUUCAUCACCUUGAUCGCACUGAUGGGGCUGCAGCGCGUAAUGUGCCAAAUAUUCUUCCUGCAAGACAAAGUUUCACCUACAGAUAAAGACAAGCCGCUAGCACUCAAGAACAGGAGGGCCUUUCACAACUUCAACUACUUCUUCUUCUUCUUCAACAUGAUCUUGGGUCUGAUGAACAGCUUGUUGCGGGUCAUUAAAAGCGCUGCCGUGGGGCUGAUGUUGGUGUCUCGCAUCGAGCGGACCAUAAUGCCUGAGGGCUUCGAGAAACUGGACUCGAGUUACUGUAUGUGGGUGGGAAUGAUUGUAGCAGAUCACUAUCACACAAAUCCAGUCCUGGUGUGUUUCUGCCACCUGCUGCUCAAACACACGUCAGAGGGUAUCAAGGAUGAAGGCUACUCACGGUUAAACCGAGAGCCUCUAGAGAAGGACCGAGUUCGCAUUCGCUGGCAGCUCGUCUACACCUUACUGAGGAACCCAAAACUCAUCCUGCUGAGGAAGAAGCACAAACAAAAGAACUUCAAAGACGGUGAACUGGCCUUCGCCUGGGCCAUCUCCAAUACAGCGUAAAAAAAUCCAACAAAAUAAUAUAAACAUUUUAUACAAGCAAGAAAGGCAUUGUUUACUGGCCAGAUUAUUUCACAAAUAGAUCUAACUACAUUUACCUUCAGAAUAUUAUCUACAUGCACACGUGAGUACUGAGUAUACAGUAAGGUUCAGGUUUGUUUUAUUGUUCAAGACAAUUAUUUUAUUUCUGUUUUUAUAUUCAUAGAGUUAGGGUUUUAUAUAUCAUCUUUUUUUACUGUAACAUAAACCUGUGCUUUCCAUCCAGCAGUCAGAAAGACGACAGUGUUGUUCGAUAGAUUUCGUGUUUUUAUACGUGUUCUGGUGCGAGAUUUCUCAACACUCCAAGCAUCAGAAAAAAGAAUUUUGUGCUGAAUAAAAAAAAAUUGUUACUGUCAUGUGUUUAAGUACUGUAUGAAUAUAUUAUUGUACAAAUAAAUGUUUGUUUUUCUCCAUCACAAA